AUGUAUGUGCAGAAUGCUAUAAUGGUCAAUGAGUUCCUCGGGCAGAGUUGGAGCCACGUUGUUCCUAAUUCAACUGAGUCACUGGGAGUUGAGGUUCUGAAAUCUCGCGGGUUCUUCACACAUGCAUCCUGGUGUUGGAUAGGGGCUGGGGCAUUGCUCGGAUUUGUUGUUCUAUUGAACAUCACAUUCACUCUAGCUCUCACUUAUCUCAACCCACUUGAGAAGCCACGGGCUGUCAUCUUGAAAGAAUCUUAUGGAAAUAUGAAUAAAGACAAAACUCUACAAGAUAUUAGAUUACCACUUAGACUCCCAGGAGAUUCCCCUAGUAGCAACAUAGAGACAGUGAGGCCAAAGGAAGUUGUUGAGUCCAGCCACAGGAGGAAAAGAGGAAUGGUUCUUCCGUUUGAGCCACAUUCGCUCACCUUUGAUGGAAUCACUUACUCAGUAGACAUGCCACAGGAGAUGAAGAGUCAUGGAGUAACUGAGGACAGGUUGGUCCUUCUGAAGGGUGUUAGUGGUGCAUUUAGGCCAGGCGUCCUCACAGCUCUGAUGGGAGUGAGUGGAGCAGGUAAAACAACUUUGUUGGAUGUGUUGGCUGGAAGGAAAACUGGAGGGUAUAUUGAAGGGAGCAUCACAGUUUCAGGGUACCCUAAAAGACAAGAAACAUAUGCUCGAAUCUCUGGCUACUGUGAGCAGAAUGAUAUCCACUCUCCUCAUGUUACAGUCUUUGAAUCCUUGCUCUACUCAGCGUGGCUUCGUUUAUCACCUGAGAUGUUCAUUGAGGAAGUCAUGGAACUGGUAGAGUUGAACUUACUGAGGAAAGCUUUGGUUGGUUUACCUGGUGUGAGUGGUCUCUCCACUGAACAGCGCAAGAGACUAACUAUAGCAGUUGAGCUAGUGGCUAAUCCCUCCAUAAUAUUCAUGGAUGAACCAACGUCAGGUCUAGAUGCCAGAGCAGCUGCAAUUGUCAUGAGAACAGUUAGAAACAUAGUGGACACAGGAAGAACAAUUGUUUGUACCAUCCAUCAACCAAGUAUAGACAUAUUUGAAGCUUUUGAUGAGGCGAGUGCUGCUCUUGACCAAAUGAUACUGUGUCGCCACUCUAAUCACCUCGUUGAGUAUUUUGAGAGGAUUGAAGGGGUUGAUAAAAUCAAAGAUGGUCAUAAUCCAGCGGCUUGGAUGCUGGAAAUUACAACUUCAGCACGGGAAAUGGAUUUGAAUGUUGACUUUGCUGACAUAUACAAAAAUUCAGAACUAUGUAGGAGGAACAAAGCACUUGUAGCAGAAUUGAGUAACUCUGCUUCAGGUUCCAAGGAACUUCGUUUUCCUACACAAUAUGCACAACCAUUUUUCAUUCAAUGCAAGGCCUGCCUUUGGAAACAACAUUGGUCCUACUGGCGCAACCCUUCAUAUACUGCAGUGAGAUUUUUGUUCACUGCAUUCGUAGGUUUGAUAUUUGGGACCAUGUUCUGGGACCUAGGAUCCAAAACAACAAAGAAACAAGAACUGUUUAAUGCUAUUGGUUCCAUGUACAAUGCCAUUCUCUUCCUUGGAAUUCAAAAUGCCUUUUCUGUGCAACCAGUUGUGGCCAUUGAACGAACAGUCUUCUAUAGAGAAAGAGCUGCUGGAAUGUAUUCUGCCAUCCCCUAUGCUCUUGCACAGGUUGUAAUAGAGCUACCAUAUGUUUUUGUCCAAGCCGUAACUUAUGGCAUCAUAGUUUAUUCAAUGAUCGGAUUCCAAUGGACUGCAUCCAAAUUCUUUUGGUAUCUGUUCUUCAUGUACUUCACAUUUCUUUACUUCACCUUCUAUGGCAUGAUGACUGUGGCUGUAACACCAAACCAACACAUUGCUUCAAUUGUGGCUACUGCAUUUUAUGGUGUUUGGAAUCUAUUUUCUGGAUUUAUUGUCCCACGACCUAACAUUCCUGUGUGGUGGAGAUGGUACUAUUGGGCAUGUCCUGUGGCUUGGAGCUUAUAUGGAUUGGCUGCAUCACAGUUUGGGGAUGUAACAAGUACAGUUGAGGUUAAUGAGACAGUGAAAGAGUUUCUGAGAAGAUACUUUGGUUAUAGAUAUGAUUUUGUAGGAGUUUCUGCAGGUGUAGUUGUUGGGUUUGCAGUGCUAUUUGCCACUAUCUUUGCUCUUUCUGUGAAGAUUCAUGAACACCAACGGGUUCUAGAUAGCCUCGUUCACUACUGUCUCUGGGUGUUGUUCGGUUUCGUUACCUACCUUGACGGAGAAGAAACAAGGUGGUGGUGUGGCGGGUGA